GGAGGAUUGUUGAGUUGUUAGAAGCACUUGAAGCUAUGGCUAAAGAUAACCAGCCAAUCCCACCAAGAGCAAUGAUCCUGAGCAGAAAAUAUCGUACAUUAGUAAGCUCAUGGAUUGAACCUUUGCAGGAAGAAGCUGAACUUGGAUAUGAGAUUGAUUACAUAGCCAGGUAUGUUGCUGAAGGUGGACUUACAGGUGACCGCAAACGAUGGGUCCCAAGAAGGGGAAAAACUCCUUUAGAUCCUGAUGCCGAAGGAUUUAUAUAUUCCAAUCCUAGGGAAACCUCUUUUAAACAAAGAUGUCUCGAAGAGUGGAGGUUGCACCACAGGAAGCUUUUGAAAACCUUACACAAUGAAGGACCUUCAAUUCUGGGAAAGAUUUCCGAGUCUGACUACAUACGUCUUGUGGAGAGACUGAGGAAAAUCAUCAAAGGACCUGAACAGAAUGCCUUGAAACCAAAAGCUGCUAGUAAAAUGAUUGUAUCUGAAUUAAAGGAAGAACUAGAAGCACAAGGUCUGCCAACAGAUGGAACCAGAAAUGUGCUCUACCAACGAGUGCAGAAAGCGAGGAGAAUAAAUCGUUCUAGAGGCAGGCCACUUUGGGUUCCUCCAGUUGAGGAGGAAGAAGAAGAGGUUGAUGAAGAGCUGGAUGAGUUGAUCUCACGUAUAAAGUUGCACGAAGGAAAUACAGAAUUCUGGAAACGUCGCUUUCUUGGGGAGGGCUUAAAUGAAAAUCAUGUCCAGCAGUCCGAAAUAAUAGACUUAGAACCUACUGAUGUGGUAGAUGAUACUGAUGAUGCUGUCGAUGAUAUUUCAAAAGAGGCUGAAGAUGACGAGGCAGAAGACGAUGAGGCACAAGAUGAGGAGGAAGAAGUGGAGCAAGCUGAAAGCCAACCGGAAGUAGGUGACAGGAAGGACAAGGAAGUUGAAGCUGCAAAACCUCUUCAAAUGAUUGGUGUUCAAUUGCUAAAAGAUUCUGAUCAAACAGCUAGCUCUUCAAGAAAAUCCAGGAGAAGGCUUUCUCGAGUAGCUGCAGUGGAUGAUGACGAUGAUGACUGGUUUCCACUGGACAUUCAAGAAGCAUUUGUGGAGAUGAGGAAACGGAACAUAUUUGACGUAUCAGAUAUGUAUACAAUCACUGAUGCUUGGGGUUGGACAUGGGAAAAAGAAAUAAAAAAUAAAGCUCCUCAAAGAUGGUCACAGGAGUGGGAAGUUGAAUUGGGGAUCAAAGUGAUGACAAAAGUAAUAGAAUUGGGCGGGACACCAACAAUUGGGGAUUGCGCUGUGAUAUUGCGGGCUGCAGUACGAGCUCCUAUGCCUUCUGCUUUCUUGAAUAUUUUGCAGACAACACAUAGUCUUGGUUAUGUAUUUGGAAGCCCUUUGUAUGAUGAAAUUAUCACAUUAUGCCUUGAUCUUGGGGAGCUUGAUGCUGCAAUUGCCAUAGUGGCAGAUUUAGAGACUAGCGGAAUCAAGGUCCCGGAUGAAACUCUUGAUAGAGUAAUUUCUGCCAGGCAGAGUAGUGAUACUCCUGUUAACGGUUCGCAAUAGAAUCUGCAUAGUUCAAUUUUACUUGUAGGUUAAUAGGAUUUAGAAUAGCAUAACAUAAAUGUUGUAGCAUAUAGAAUCCAAAACAAACAAGCGAAGAAUAGAGGUUGUAAGCAGAAAAAGAUCCUUUUUGUAUACUUGAGUGUUGCUUCCAACCCGUCUUUGGUGUUUUGACAACCAGCAGGUUUACCUGGAGGUGUAAAAAGUUGGAAGUUCACAUCUUGGUACUUGAGUUGAAGUUGUUAAUAUGUACACAAUUUUUCGAACGUUUUUAGCAUAAUUGAAAAUUUCGGGUGGCUAUCCAGUAGUUGGAGAGAAA